AGUCUGAACUGUAUCCAACGGUGGUAAACAUCCGGGAUUUGUUUUAUAGUGAUUUUUACAUAAUUUUAUUGGCAUUUGUUACACGUUAAUUAAAUUAUGUAUAACAUUUCAAUAAUCCUGGCUCUUCUUAACGCUAUUUUGAUUUUUCAAUAUGUCGAAACGGCCGAAAAUUCGGAAAUUGCGAAGAUACUUCACAGACCGAUAAGAGCAUUGUCAUUUCCUGAUAACAGCAACAUGGGAUUAUUUUUAGCCUUGUCCAUACCGCUUAUCGAUCCUCUGUAUUCGGUAUCACUUUCCUAUUACUUCGAGGCGAAUUACCGUUUGCCGCCAAAUUCGACAUACUUCGAACCGUAUUAUUCUCCAUACGCUUCGCGAAAGAAACGCAGCAUAGACAGAACGACGAUUUAUCAAGCACUGGAAAAUAAAUACGAGAGUUCCGGAUUUCCGGGACGGGAAUGCCUCCUGAGGUCCAUAUGUGAAACUGCAGAAUCUCCCGUAAGACACAACGGUAUACUAGGCGACAUUAUGCACGUGUUGUUCACACCAUCAAGUUCAAUGAAGGAAGAUGACUUAUCCGAAGAUUUUUUCGAAGCUGAGUUCGUUGGCAGAAAUGGAAGCUGUUCAAAAUACCAACCCAUGUGUCCCGUGGGAUUGUUCGAUGUGAUUGGCACUUGGGUCUGAAAGGAUAUGACGUAAUGAGAACUACCUACUAAAAUACAAAUAUGCACAGCUAACGUGCUCUGAACGUUUGUGUAAAAUUUACGU